GCUCUCUGGGUCUCGGGCACCUCCUCACCAUGCUCAACUCCUUCCGAAGAUGCACACAACGGCUCAUGUCAACGGCCACGCAGCCCUACCCAUUCUCUAGCGUCGCCACGGUCUCCGCCCCUCCCCCCACCCCCGCCCUCGAGGGCCUCAAAGCCGGCAAGGGCCUCAUGCCGUACCUCCGGCAACGCCUGCUCUCCCCCGAGAAGCUCGAGCUGCUCGCGCGCUUCGGCAAACGCCACCCCGAGCGCAUCCUCCCCGGGUCGGUCCUGCAGGUGACGAGCAAGCACGCGCCGACGGCGUUCACGGGCGUCCUGCUGGGCAUCCGCCGGCGCGGCGCGGACACGUCCGUCCUCCUCCGCAACGUGAUCAACCGCACGGGCGUCGAGGUGCAGUUCGCGGUGUGCUCGCCGAACGUGAAGGACGUGAAGGUGCUCAUGCGCGCGGGCGCGCGCGGAACCGAGGGACGCGCGGGCAAGCGCAUGCGCAGGGCGAAGCUCUUCUACCUCCGCGACUCGCCCGACAAGAUGACGGCUAUCUCGGCGGGCAUGCGACAGCUGAGCUGA